AUGACACAAAAAAGUGUUCCGGCUACAGACCCUGCGGUCUACGCCCUAUACCAGGCCAGAUGGUCCACGCUCCCAGACACUGCAGAAGCCUGGCUGGCUCGAGCUCGCGAGGUAGCCGAGGUUCUGGCCCAAGAUGUGGCUCAACGAGACCAGGAAAACAAAUCACCGCGCGAUGAUGCUCUGAAGAUUCCAUUUGCCAGUCUGCUCCUGCCAACUAUCCAACUUGUCUUCAGCAACUUCUACCUCGGCAUCGCGAUUGGCGCUCUGGAGUUCGCGGCCAAGUACACCAGCACAGCAACACGGUCCUGGCCCUUUGGAGGCGAGAACAAAGCAUCGGCGACGGAGGAAUUCUACAUCCUCGAGCGCUAUGGCAACUUCUUUGCGCAUCUGCGAGCCACCGAGGCCUUGGCCGACCGAGCCGGGGACCAGCUCUCGGCUCUAUACAGCCGGCAUUCGGGCGAUCGCCCUGUCUUGACUGCCGAGGGGCGAGGCGAGAUUGCCGAAUGGGUCGCAAGUGUUAAAGCGACCACCACCGACGUUGGGCUGCGAGUCACAUCGGGGGUCUUCGAGGUGACAGAGGCGCGAGCAACGGCCUUGAAGGUAGCCCUCGUUCGGUUUUGGAGGGACCUGCGGACACACACGCUGCACGACCCGGUGGCAUACAAGAACCGCGAGUUGGGACGAUAUGUGCUGUUGCAUGAACUGCCCCAGCCGUCGUGGUAUACCUAG